UCUCUUCACCUUUCUGCAGAACCAGGCCUGGUGCUGCUUCCUCAUUCCUCAUCUAAACACCAUUUAUCUGCUCGACCUGCCGGGUUUAGUCCAGUUUGUUAGUUGCAGCUGUAGAAGUUGAGAGAGAAACAGUCCCAGACAGACAGAUGGAGCAACCUAAUGAAGAAUCUCCCCUGGCCAGAGGCUCUGUGGCUGGAAGUCAUGAGGUCCUGCUGGUCCCUGCUGGACCCACCAGUGGCUCCAACAGUCGUGCCUUGAAGGUGGCCGGCCUGGUCACUCUGGCAUGUCUGCUGCUGGCCAGCCAGGUCUUCACCGCCUACAUGGUGUUUGACCAGAAGCAGCAGAUCCACUCGCUGCAGAAGAACUCUGACAGGCUGGGCAAACAGCUGACCCGCUCGUCCCACGCUGGAGCUCCAAUGAGGAUGCAGCUGCCCAUGAACAGCCUUCCUCUGCUGAUGGACUUCACCUCAGAUACGGACGGCAAGUCGGCCAAGACACCUCUGACUAAACUGCAGGACACGGUUGUCAGCGUGGAGACCCAGCUGAAGGAUCUCAUGCAGGACCCCCAGCUGCCUCACUUCAACGAGACCUUCCUGGCCAACCUGCAGAACAUGAAGCAGCACGUGAAUGAGAGCGAGUGGCAGAGCUUUGAGACCUGGAUGCGUUACUGGCUGAUCUUCCAGAUGGCUCAGCAGACUCCUCCACCUCCACCAACUCAGUCAGCCCCUGUGAUCAAGACCAAAUGCCAGACAGAGUCAGAACUCGGAGUCUCCAAGAUCGGUUCCUACAAGCCCCAGUGUGACGAGCAAGGGAACUACAAGCCCAUGCAGUGCUGGCACCCGACCGGCUACUGCUGGUGCGUGGACCAGACCGGCACAGCCAUCGAGGGCACCAGCAUUCGCGGCCGCCCCGACUGUCAGAGAGUUUUCCCUCGUCGCAGGAUGGUCGCACCUCUGCUGAUGCAGAAGACCCUCAGCGUCGACGAUUAGUGAAACAAAUGAGGCAAGGUGUUGGACUUUUCUCUUCAAGCUUCGCAUGACACGAGAAAUCAUUUUAGGCUGGAUGCAGACCCGCGUGCUGUAAUAAUUUUAAUUCCUGAUCACUUCCAUGUAAUCUCUAAAUUUUAACCAUUUUGCUGGCUGCUUGAAAUGAAAUCAGUAGAGGCCUGUUACACUGUGUUGCUUUUAUUUCUUGUCUUUUAUAACAGACUAAUUUUGGGGUGUUCUCAUUGACAUUUUAACUUAGAUAUUCAUAUCAUCGUCAGUAUAUUAAAGUAUGUGUGUGUUAAAGGCUCUGAACACCCACACAGGUGUUGUCAGUUAUUCUGUCUGAUUAGACCUCUGCUCAGGACUCUGUGGGCACGUGUAGACUGUACAUUGAUUGACAUCUUCCUGAGUCUCCUGAAAGCGUUGCUGCACCUGUUAAGGGCGGGGAAAAUUACACCUUUAUCAUUCUGAUUGGUAGAUUUGUGACCUAAUAAGUUCUCAUCAUAGCUCCACCUAUCUUCCUUUAAUCAGCCAGAAGAACUGAAAACACCUGUGUGGGGUGUUCAGAGGCUUUUAACGUGUUUGUCUUUAAAGAAUGCAUUAAAGGUCGGUUCACCCAAAUGACACAUUUCCUCCCUGAUCUCUACUAGUAUCUAGACAUGGAGGUAGUUCAGGUCUCCCUCCACCCUACAACAGUGUUUGUUUAUGGUGCAUACAGCAUUGAAACAUUUAAAAAAUGUAAACAGCAAGACUCUUUCCAGAAACAAUGUCCUCUAUCGCUGUGAUAAUCCACAGACUACACUGGUAACGGUUAAUUUGAACCAUUUAUUUUGAUAGACAGUAGUUCCAAUAAACACUGAUCAGUUUAGUCUGUGGAUUAUUAUUCAGAGUAAAGGGGACACAGUUUCUCGAAAGAGAUGUUGCUCUUUAAUAUUUGUUAUGUUUUUCAAUGCUGUGAGCACCACAAACAAACCCCAGUUAAAUAAGCUGUCUGCAUGGCUAGAUAUGAGAGUUUAUAGAGAAAAUGUUUUUUGUAAUUUGGGUGAAGCGACCCUUAAAGGUCGUGAACAUAUGAGGAUGUGACUUUUCCAUGAAGGUGUAUGUGUUAAGAAAGCUAAAUAAAGUUUUCUUAAUACUGUGUGUAUUGUUAUACGUAUCUUCAACCCUUUGUCAUCUUACAUAUAUCAAAUUAUUGUUAAAGCUAUAGACAAUAAAGCCUAAAUAAACUUUGA